GUCCGGGUGAACAAUAAAGGCUGCAGCUGCAUAAUGGUACACGCAGUUCCAUUUUCACUGUUGGUUAGUGAGUAUACGAGAGUAGGAGUGUUGCUAUUGCAGAUCAUCAUGAAACCUAUUAUGGUCUUUUUCGUUCUAUGCUGCUAUUGCUGUUUGGCAGUUUAUGCUAGUAAUGUGACAAUGACAAAUGAUGAACGUGAUGAAAACAUACAGACAUGCCUAGCUACCACAAGAUUAAGCCAAGUUUCCUUCAAAAGUGGUGACGACACAUUAAAGUAUCUGACUGAAGAACAAAAAUCAUGUUUCUUGGCUUGUAUGUUCCUGAAAAUUGGUAUUAUACAAUACAACGGUACCGUCAGGUCAGUCACCGAGGAGACGGACAUAACCACUGCGAACGCAAUUGACAAAUGUCAAUCAUUAGCUGAAGAAAACCUCUGUAAAUUGGCAUGGUGUCUACACGAGAAGAAUAUGUUUGGUAUUCAUAUUAUCUUCGACUAAGCUCCCUGAUCUGUACAGCCCACAGUAAUAUUUAAUGAUAUUUAAUAAAUUAUAUAAGAAAAGUAUUAUUCAAAAUCUAUAGUGACAUGAUUUUUAUAAAGCAUU